AUGAUUUUUCUUUUAUUUAUUGCUUUAACAUCAUCAAAAGUCCCUAUAAUGACAGAAGCAGAAAUAAUUAGCGAAGUUAAAGGCUUGCCGAGACGUGAAGGGUAUUAUGCUCUAUAUAUUCAAUAUGAAUUUGAAGAUUUACCUUUAGUUUUCUUGUCUUUCAAGCUAAUGCUUUAUGGUCUUCAAUUAAUAUGGUUAAACAAUCCUCGUUUUUGCGUAGUAAUUGAUCCAAGCAUUGAUGAACCAUAUAUGAAAAUGUAUCCUUCAGGUGCUAAGGCUUCAAAAUACCCGAUUAUGCAAAUAAACGAGAUGAAGCACGGUUGGGGAUCACAGGAUUACGGCGCAGUUCAAUAUUAUUCUCAUAUGUAUCGUGCCCAAAAAGAUUUUAUGGAUAUUAAGAAACUAAUAUACAAUAAAACAACUAAAGGAAAGACUUCAGGCAUCAAAAGGGAUCUGAAAUCAUUAGAAACAGAAAAAGAAAAAAUAAUUAAUAACACUAACCACAUUUAUAGCAACUUAUUUGAAUUGCGUAAGAUUCAGAGAAACUUAGUUAAGGAAAACAUUCUCGAAUAUGGAGCUCCAUCGAUGAAAACUCGUUUUUCAUAUCUCUUUAAGAAUCAAGAUGAAAACGCGGCAUCUACAUAG